ACAUGAACCAAAAAGCAAUACUGUGCUUUUUGGCCGCCCUUUUGGGCUCCAUCUCGAAAUCGGAAGGUCGAAUAUUUUGUUACUUUGCAUCCUGGACAGUAUACAGACCCGGAGACGGGAAAUUCGACGUGGACAAUAUCGAUCCAUUUCUAUGUACCCAAGUAUCAUUCGCCUACGUCGGAGUAAAUAGUAAUGGAAGUCUUGAAGUAAUAGAUCCGCACCAAGCAAAUAGCAAUGGUCUCGAUGGGUUGAACAGAUUUGCUGCAUUAAAGAAAGUAAAUCCGGACCUGCAACUCUUUAUCAGUAUUGGCGGAUGGAAUGAAAGCCCAGAUAAAUAUUCGAAUAUUUUAGCUGAUCCUUCACUGCGACAAUCAUUUAUCGAUUCAGCCGUAGCCUUUCUCGAUCAAUAUCAAUUCGAUGGAAUUGAUUUGGAUUGGGAUUAUCCUUCGCGAAACGACGCUAGCAACGACCAAGAUAAGGCCAACGCAAUUUUGCUGCUCGAAGAUCUCCAGAAUACUUUCAAACCUAAAGGAUAUUUAAUCUCCGCUGCUAUUAAUGGAUGUCCCAGAUUUCUUAGCGAGUCCUACGAUAUUGUGCAACUUAACAAGUUUCUAGAUUUCAUAAACGUCAUCAUGUUCGAUUAUCACGGCAAUUUCAACAACUAUGUAGGUCAUUCUAGUCCUUUGUUCAACAGUUCGUUGGAUGCAGAUUCCGGAAGUACAGAUUUCAACGUAGCUGCCGGUCUCGAAGCUUGGAUCCAAAAAGGAAUUGAUCUCUCGAAAGUCAAUAUGGGGCUUGCAACUUUCGGAAGAACAUUUACUUUGGAGGAUCCAUUUAAAGCCGAUUUGUAUGACCCGAUUUUAGAUGGCGGUUUACCGGGUCCGUUUACUCGUGAAGUCGGAGUUUUAGGAUACAACGAAAUCUGCAGCUACAUCAACUUCUAUACGAGGUAUUGGGACAACGAGCAGCAAGUACCACAUUUAAUUGUUGGAGACCAAUGGAUAGGCUAUGAUGAUAUAUAUUCAAUUGUUAUAAAGACGCAAUACGGUUUGCAAAACAACGUGGGUGGAUUUAUGGUUUGGUCAUUAGAUACGGACGAUUUUCGCGGGUCUUGCGGUACAGGCCAAUAUCCUCUGAUUAACGCAGCGAAAUAUAUUAUUGAAAAUGGUUCAACAUAAGUAAUGAAUACGAAUUUUUUAUAUUUUUUUAUAUAAAAUUAGUAUGGUAUUUUGUGUUUUGCAAUUGUA